AUGGUGCAGAUCAAGAAACCGACCAGCCCACGGCGCGUAUCAAGUUCAAAUAACCAGAAUCACCUAUGGGUUAGAAAGGUAUUCGCGUUUGCCCUGAUUAUGGUGGCGGCAUCUCAAGUCCGGAUCAACAUUGAUACCUUGGAGAAUGAGAUUGUCUCUGGCAGUGACGAUUUUUCCGAGUCCGUGUCGACGGAUGCCAAGAAAGAAACACGGAAGCAGGAAAGCCUGCUACUGAGCAAGAAUCCCGUGGAAGAAAAGGAAGCUGCUCCUGAAGUGAAAGAAGAAAAUGGUUUGGGCAAAACGGAACCACUUGCCGAAAAGACAGGGUCAUUACCACAACCUUCCUUGUCCCAACCUGUCGAGAAAAAGAGUUUGCCAACGGAUGCCUCUCCUCCUAAUCCAAACGGCUCUUCCUCUGCCACCUCUGCCUCAGAGCCAGAAAAUACCACUCCUUCCACCUCCACACCUCCAGCAUCAGUAAAAUCGGUGGCAUCUGACUCCCAAAAUAUUGUGGCCAAUCCGGCUUUCAAGGUACAAAAGGAGCAAGCAGCUCAGGAAUCAAAGGGGGAGAGAAAGAAGAGGAAGAGACAAGAGAAGGCUGAGGCAGAAAAGAAAAGACAACAGGAAGAAGAAAAAGCCAAGAUUGCCAACAAGGCACUGGAGACCAGUGCUCCUAAACCAGAGACGAGCGCUCCCAAACCAGAAACCAUUGCACCUAAACCAGAGACCACUGCGCCCAAACCAGAAAGCAGUGCUCCCGUCACUACUGUGAAUGUUGGCGAGACAAAGGCGGAGAGAAAGAAGAGAAAGAGAGAGAAAGCUGAAGCAGAAAAGAAGAGACAACAGGAAGAAGAAAAGGCCAAACUGGCCAACAAGGCACCAGAGACAAGUGCACCCAAACCAGAGACGAAUGCUCCAAAGCCAGAGACGAAUGCUCCAAAGCCAGAGACCAGCGCACCCAAACCGGAAACCAGUGCUCCUGUCACUACUGUGAAUGUUGGGGUAGCAGCACAGGAAUCAAAGGCGGAGAGAAAGAGGAGGAAGAGACAAGAGAAAGCUGAAGCAGAAAAGAAAAGACAACAGGAAGAAGCAGCCAAGCUUGCCAACAACAAAGCCGAAACCACUCCUCCAGCGACGGAACCGCCUGUUGUCAGCACCGACCCUCCACCCACCGCUGCCGCCGUAGUGGCCUUGCCCAAGGUAGAAUCCCCUAAACUCCGAAAGAAGCGAGACAAGAAAAACAAAGCCAAAAACCAACCUGCCACUGAAAUGUCUGUCACCCGCCUGGAAGUGCCCAAGCAAAAUGAAGCCACAGAGCCCCCAAAGGCCACAGAACCUCCUGUGACAGUGGCUGCUACCGAAAGCAAAGAGACACUGGAAAAGAUGGCACUGGAAGCAGCCAAAAACGAACAGAGGAAACGAGACAAGAAGAAAAAGAAAAGAGAAAGGCAGCAGCAGGUUACACCACGACCCACGGCACCGCCGACAAAUUUUCCGACAACCAAUCCUCCUACGGCGUCUCCGACAAAGAAACCAACUCCAGUAAAGGAAGAACGCAAGAAGCGAGGGCGCGGAAAGAAGAAUAUGGAGCCAAAACCAGCUCCCAGCGUCGCAAAAACCGAGGCUAAGUCAGAAGUGCUUGUGGACAACAACAUGCCCGCAAAGACGACCGAGGAUCCGAUCAAAGCACAAACAACAGAUACCAAAGCACCGGAAACGAAGGCUCCGGAAACCAAAGCACCAGAAACCAAAGCACCGGAACCUGAGCCGAAGGAGCUCCCGACAGAGGCUGCACCGACCACGGACAACACCGCUCCCGCGAAGUCCACCGAGGAUUCGAUUCCAGCUGCAGCAGAAACGGCAACGCCAGAACCUGAAAGGAAGGAGCCUCCCAAGCCGGCCCGAGACAACACACAUCGAAAACGUGGCGACUACAUUGAGAUUGACUGGAUGGCUCACUCGUUCUUGAUCAACCACUAG